UCGACUGUCACGCUCGAAUCUGAAUACACUUUGUGGCAUAGCGAUAGGGACAACCGCAAUAUCCUGUUUGUUUUGUUGUUUGUGCGUGUGGGGUGUGCAAGUUUUGUAAUAUAUGGGCAAAACCAAUGGCACUGAGUGGUUUCGUGGAAUUCUUCCAGAAAGGAAGGACUUUCCGUCCCAAAAAGAGCUUUGAACCAGGAACCUUAAGGUAUUCCCUUCAUAAACAAGCCCAAGCGUCAUUGAGCUCUGGAAUUAAUUUACGAGCUGUUGUACAGCUGCCAAAUGGUGAAGAUACAAAUGACUGGAUUGCAGUUCACGUUGUUGACUUUUUCAAUCGUAUCAACUUAAUUUAUGGUACGGUGUCUGAGUAUUGCACUCCAGAAAGCUGUCCAACUAUGUCAGGAGGACCAAAAUUUGAAUAUUUAUGGGCAGAUGGUGUAAAGUACAAGAAACCAACUCCUCUUCCUGCACCACAAUAUGUUAGCCUCCUUAUGGACUGGGUAGAGUCACAGAUAAACAAUGAAACUUUAUUUCCUGUUUCAACAGAUGUACCUUUUCCAAAGACAUUUAUCCCCUUGUGUCGAAAAAUUCUGACCCGUCUUUUCAGAGUCUUUGUACAUGUUUAUAUUCACCAUUUUGAUAGAAUUGUGGCUAUUGGAGCGGAACCUCAUGUCAAUACCUGCUACAAGCAUUUUUACUAUUUUGUGAAAGAAUUUGAUCUUGUCAGUAGCAAAGAGCUUGAACCUCUGAAAGAAAUGACUGCUCAUAUUUGCCGGGAUCAUGUGGAAUCUCAGACUACCUCUAGCUGACCAGUUAGUUUCUUCAAAUGUUAUUUCUUCUUUUACUAUGAGUGUACACUUUGCUCUACGUGUCUCUGCACAGUAUAUACGGCAUCAAACGCAUUACCACCACCUGAUGCACUACCAAUGUACUGCCUAAAAAUUUUUAAUAGCUUCCAUAGCAUCUGUACUGCUUGGUACAAGUGGUUCUUGGUCAUCAUCUUCGUCGACCUCUUCACCAGUUACCUCUAUCUUCCCUUCUUCAAAAAGUUUGGGUAAUUUGAUGCUGUGAAGUUGGUGAUUCCCAUUUUUGCAGCAGACUGCAAUGCCUUUUCCCCCAGUAUGUCGCUGUUAAGUGGAAUUUCUGAUGCUCUCGUGCUAACAAACCACUCUCCAACAAGUUUAUCCAAACAGUCAUAUGCUGGUGGCCAAGUGUAUUUAUACUUUCUUUCCAUGGAACCAGACUGUCUUACAUUGGCUUCGAUGUUGGGCUGAUUUCUCACAGUAACGUUCAAGGUGGAAGAGGAAAAUCCUAGUCCCUUCACUAACUGAGCUUGCGAUCCAACGUGAAUUGUAGAAUUGUCGUAAGUGAUGAUCACAAAGUAAGUGGCUGAGAACUGACACACAAUUGCGCAUGCGGGUUUCUCUCUUCAUUCUGAUCAAAAGUCUCUUGUGAAACUACGUUAAGAAGAUGUUCAUGUUCUAAUGUGAGACUUAUUGUUGAUAAUCAUUACAAAAUUAUGGUGAAUUUUCAAACAGAGAGCAAUAGGCUCAAAAUCUUCAGCUUUUUGACAGCUAGGAAGUAAAUUGGUUCAGGGAUAUACUGGGUGAGAAAGAGGGCAGAAAUUGUCAUAAUGUUAUGGAGCAUCUUGAGUAGUAAUGUUUGUCGGACAUCAGGUUGUUCCAAUCUAAGACUGCGUGCUUAGAGUGGAUUAGUGUACUUGACGCGGAAGUAACAAUGAUUCAUGAAAGCCCAUUAUGGAGACAGCUGUCUUCAAAUGUGGAGUUUGUUUGUUUGUGAAAUUAAAUUAAAGCUGUUGUAACACAGUGCAAUGAGCAGAAGGAAGGUUGCUACUAGCCACUACCAUCAGAUCGUGAUUAUCAUUGAGGCAGUGGUUCAGCAUACUUUCCCAACCUUUCAAACACUGUGAACGUAUCAUACAGGUGGCUGGGACCCAACACACUGACAGUGGAAAUCUUUCUUACUGCUUACAUGAUCAAUAACGGUGCAUAUAGUCUACAUCUUCUGCUUUGUUCCAAGGCUGACUGAGCAGGAAUAUGAUGCACUUUUUGAUGAUAAUAUCAAAGAAAACUUAAAAUGCAGGAAAUGUUGUAACAUUGGAUUGUUCGUGAUGGGAAAGCAUUAUCAAGAGAAUAGGACUAACAAAAACGAACGUAAAAAGCAGGAAAUCAUAAAAUGCAGAAACUUUGAAAUGGGGUUUUACUGUAGAUGCUUGAAUCCUGUGAAUAUACAUCUUCCACCAUAAAAUAAUAAUUUCUCAAAAAACACAAAUUUAGGUUUAGUAAUGUAACUGCUUCUUGCCUUUUUUUAUAAAAUUAUAUUAUGGUUGAAAGCGGUCUUCUUACAAGAAAAGAAAUAUUUCUUCCAAUAAGGAAAUGGAACAAAGUACAUGUUGCCAUGUAAUUUGGUUGUGGUUGUUGUGGUCAAAGGAGCAGUUUGCAUCUUCAGUAUAUUUAAGGCAAAUGAUGAUUGCUUAACAAGAUCAAAAAUUUAUAUUAUAUAACACAGCAGAAGAUAAAGAUUGAAAGUUUUAGAUAUCAUCAUGUGAAUUGUAACAUUUUGUGUCUGCUUUGAGUUAAACAGUUGGAACUGCAGUUCACAUUUGUGGAAUAAAUUAAUCUAUUGGAAUAUAAAUGUUGUGAGGUAGGUAGGUUAGAGUUUAAUUCUUCAGUGACAUUGAGAUAGUUAGGCAUAAAGCAGUAGUUCAGUGGAAGAAUGAAAGAAGGCAUCAACAGUGGUUUUGUUCUGACAGUACCAUCCUGGUAUUUGACUAAAAUGAUUUACAUGAAGUCCCAAAAGUUUGUCAAGAUGACUGGAUGAAGAAUGGACCCUUCCUUCUCCUGAAUAUGAUUCCAGUGUCUUAACCAUUUUGCUAGAGUCGCCUCUUGGUCAGCAAUUUUCAGUAACAUUAGUUGGUUGUUGAUGUAUUAAUUCUUGUCCCCCACCUCCAAAGGCUCUCUCUCUCUCUCUCUCUCUCUCUCUCUCUCUCUCUCUCUCUCUCUCACACACACACACACACACACACACACACACACACACACA